UUCUGCAAAAAACAGCGAGUGACUCAUAGCCUUGCAGCUCACCAUCACACAGAAUUUCAAAUAAAGGAGAGGAGCAGCCAAUGUGCAGCUCGUCUCUAAGCAGAGCCCGUAGCACUGGAUGGCUGCCUGCAGUAGGAACAGAAAGCUGCUGCACUGAAGAGGAGGAGGUGUCUUAGCACAGCCGCCCUACCUGAGCCACUAGCAGGGAAAUGGACACAUGUUGAGUGAUCUUCAGCAGGAGGAAGGAGGGCAAGAAAAGGGCAGUUGCAGCAGUGUGCAUUCUGUGGACCCCUGGCUGGAGGCAAGCAGCUCUCCUUCUCAGCAGCUGCAAGGUUAUGCCACGUCUCAGACUUAUUGGAUGCCUGUUAAUGAAAGAGAAAGGUUGAUACUUGCCCAAACAUUGUAUGACGGCCCAUAGAUCAUAAACUAAAAUGGCAGCUGGGAAUACUGCUCCUUUGGGAGGCAUCUUCACCAAUGUACAGCAGGAUGGUGGGGAUGAUGAGGCAGCCUUUCCUGGCACAGAGGACGACGAGGAUUUGGACAAGACCUUGGCUGUUGAACGGUUUGGAGACCUGAUCAGCAAGUCUGCAUUACGAGACCAGGAAAAGCAAGGCCGCAGCUACUGUGAGACCGACUUUGAAUUCCAUCGCCAAACAUCCCACCACAUCCAUCACCCCCUGUCCACCCACCUCCCUCCACCCCCCAAGACCCAGAAGAGGCGUCUGCACUCUAAUAGGAAAAAGAAAAAAAAGAGAAAGGCAAGGAAGAUGUCUAUGCCUCCCUCCAAAGUCACUCCAACCAUCCAGGAAGAGGAAGAAGAGGAGGAGGAAGAAGAAGAAGCAGAAUCUGAAGGGGAAGAGGUUCUAGAGAAGGAAAUCUCAGCAGAUUCUGACACUGAAUCUUCUCCCAAGGAGAGGUCUUUUGGCACAUUAACAGCAGGACUGACUGAAAGAAGUGUUGAGUUUACCAUUGGGACUGAGGAGGCUGAGGAAGAGGAGGAGGAAGCUCAUGGCACCCAAUGCACUUUGUCAUUUCAUGUGGCAGAGGAAUACAGUAAUCUCUCCCCAGUCCCAUGUUUCUCCAGCCUGCUGCCAGAGAAAGGGCCUACCUCUUCCAGUAGCUUUCCUGAAUACAGAGAUAAUGUAUCUCGGGGAUGGGAUAAACGCAGACCAUGGAGUCAGGUGCCAAGUGGGCAGCGGUCAAACUAUGACCUGAAGGAGAGAGUGUGCAUUGGCAGCAUGACUGCUGUAGAGAAUGCCACAUACCAACGAAUCCCCACUGAUGAAGCUGAAGCUCAGAUGCUGGCUUCUGCUGACCUUGAUGAUAUGAAAAGCCAUCGUUUUGAAGAUAAUCCAGGAGUAAGGAGACAUCUGGUUAAGAAACCAUCCCGGAGCCAAACUAACAGAUCCAGCAAAACAUCUUUGUCCUCGCAGUCUUUCAAGAAAAAGAAGAAAAAGAAGAAGCUUGACCGAAAACCCCAUGAGGUGUUUGUGGAGCUGAAUGAAUUAAUAGUGGACAAGAACCAGGACAUGCACUGGAAGGAGACAGCACGCUGGAUCAAAUUUGAGGAGGAUGUGGAAGAGGAUACAGCACGCUGGGGGAAGCCUCAUGUUGCCUCACUCUCUUUUCGCAGUCUUUUGGAGCUCAGGAAGACUAUUGCCCAUGGAGCUGUUUUGUUGGACCUGGAACAAACAACAUUACCAGGCAUUGCUCAUCUGGUGGUAGAAACUAUGAUAAUCUCAGAUCAGAUCAAGGCUGAAGACAGAGCCAAUGUCCUGAGGGCCCUACUGCUCAAGCAUAGCCACCCCAAUGAUGAGAAGGAGGCAUUCUUCCCCCGGAACCAUUCCAACUCCAGCAUGAAUUCUAUAGUGGGAAACCAUCAUCUCAAUCACAAUCACACAGUUGACACUUGCAUGCCAUUGAUGGGAGAAGAGCGGAUUGAGAUGACAGAACCGCGAAUCCAUGACCCUGAGUACAGAGAGAAAAACAUGCACCUUCACAGCUCUGAGGGACAUCGUGGCAAAUACCUCAAGUUGAUGGAGAAGAUUCCUGAUGAUGCUGAGGCCACCGUGGUGCUUGUUGGUUGUGUUGAAUUCCUCGAACAACCAUCAAUGGCUUUUGUCCGUUUAAAUGAAGCUGUGUUCCUGGAAUCAGUCCUGGAAGUUCCAAUUCCUGUUCGCUUCAUCUUUGUCUUGCUAGGGCCAAGUCAGUCCAAUGUGGAUUACCAUGAGAUUGGACGUUCAAUCUCUACUCUUAUGUCAGACAAGCAUUUCCAUGAAGCUGCUUACAUGGCAGAUGACCGCCAAGAUCUGCUUAAUGCCAUCAAUGAGUUCCUAGACUGUAGCAUUGUCAUUCCUCCAUCAGAAGUAGAAGGGAAAGAUUUGCUCAAAUCAAUUGCCACCUUCCAGAAAGUGCUGCUGAGGAAGAGAAGAGAGCGGGAUCAGAAGAAGUCCAUCAAAGAAACAAACUUUCAGGAAUCCAAAGAGCUAUGUGAGGUGAAAGCUGAAGAAGAAGAAGAGGGCGAGGAGGAGGAGGAUGACCCUCUGAAGCGCACCGGCAUUUUCUUUGGUGGUUUGGUGCGGGACAUAAAGCGCAGGUACCCCAAGUAUCUGAGUGACCUCAGAGAUGCCCUGCACAGCCAGUGCCUCGCAGCCGUGCUAUUCAUCUACUUCGCUGCUCUCUCUCCUGCCAUCACCUUUGGGGGACUGCUAGGUGAGAAGACAGAUGGUCUCAUGGGUGUUUCGGAAUUGAUUAUCUCCACAUCAGUGCUGGGCAUGCUCUUUUCACUUCUGAGUGCGCAGCCACUCCUUAUCAUUGGUUUCUCAGGGCCCCUGCUGGUCUUUGAAGAAGCUUUUUACAAGUUUUGCCAGAGCCAGGACAUCGAAUAUUUGACAGGUCGGGUGUGGAUUGGCUUCUGGCUCAUUGUCUUUAUUGUCAUCAUUGUAGCUGCUGAAGGCAGCUUCUUAGUGCGCUACAUUACGCCCUUCACCCAGGAGAUCUUUGCCUUCCUCAUCUCCCUCAUCUUCAUCUAUGAAACAUUCUACAAGCUGUACAAGAUAUUUGCAGAACAUCCUUUGCUGCGAUUCUAUCCACCGUAUCUUCAAAGAAAUCUGAAUUCUAGCGUAUUACCUACUGAUUCUAUGGCUCUGGAUAUCCGAAUGCAGCCCAACACGGCCCUUCUGUCCCUCAUCCUCAUGUUGGGGACCUUUUUCAUUGCCUUCUUUAUGCGCAAGUUUAAGAACAGCCGUUUUUUGGGAGGAAAGGCCCGGCGAAUCAUUGGAGAUUUUGGAAUCCCUAUCUCCAUACUUGUCAUGGUUCUGGUAGACUAUAGUAUUACCGAUACAUAUACACAGAAGCUGAAUGUGCCCUCAGUGCUGUCAGUUACAGCCCCAGAUAAACGGGGUUGGUUCAUCCAUCCCUUAGGGAGCCAGCAGGCCUUCCCCCUCUGGAUGAUGUUUGCUUCUGCCAUUCCUGCACUGCUGGUCUUCAUCCUUAUCUUUAUGGAAACCCAGAUCACCACUCUGAUUGUCAGCAAGAAAGAACGGAAGCUGAUAAAGGGGUCAGGCUUCCAUCUUGAUUUGCUGCUUAUUGGGACAAUGGGAGGACUUUGUGCCCUUUUGGGGUUGCCUUGGCUCACGGCUGCCACUGUCCGCUCCAUCACUCAUGUCAAUGCCCUCACUGUAAUGAGCAAGGCCAUAGCACCGGGUGAGAAGCCAAAGAUCAAGGAAGUGAAAGAACAGCGUGUGACAGGAGUGCUCAUCGCUGGCCUUGUUGGUCUGUCCAUUGCCAUGGGAAAUAUACUGCGUCAGAUUCCAUUGGCUGUGCUGUUCGGGGUUUUUCUGUAUAUGGGUGUGACGUCAUUGACUGGCAUUCAGUUAUAUGAACGGCUCCUCCUUAUCUUCAUGCCAUCCAAGCAUCACCCUGAUCACGUUUAUGUUAUCAAGGUGAAGACUUGGCGAAUGAAUCUCUUCACAUGCAUCCAACUAGCCUGCAUUGUACUGCUAUGGGUGGUAAAAUCCACAGUGGCAUCACUGGCUUUCCCAUUUGUCCUGAUCAUGACAGUUCCUCUGCGGCGAUUCCUGUUGCCACGUUUCUUCCAGGAAAGAGAACUCAAAGCGCUAGACUCAGAAGAUGCAGAGCCAAACUUUGAUGAAGAUGGGCGAGAUGAGUACAAUGAACUUCACAUGCCAGUAUGAGCAAGCUGGUAUGUGUCUACUGGCCUUGGUUCUUUCCUGGCUUUGUGGGAUAAGCUGUUUUCCUCAUGCUCUUCCUGAAUAACCACCAAUAAGCAAUGGCUUUUGAACUGAUCGUAGGUCUAGUCCAACCGGCAGCUGAGUCACAACCCUCCCAGAGGCUCCAGACCACAAGAGAACUUGGGCAAGGCAGAGCAGGAGGAGUUGCUGCCUUCUUCUGGACAGACACAGAAUAUAAUUCCAGCCACUGUCACCCAUGCUCCUUCUGAACAGACCUUAUUGUAUUAGUGGUGUGCCAUAUAUUGACCUGAGUAGACACCUUAGCCAGUUGUUAUUAGCCUCCUGUCUGGAGAAGUCAAGCAGAUUACACUGCUUUGCAGUGCAGAAAACAGCAGCAGGUUAACAAAGGAAGAGGCAACUGAAUCUUCCAGAAUGUUAAGCCCAAUGCUAUUCUUUCAGAACUAAGAGUUUUCUGGGGUGGUGGCAGGAAGUGGAGGAAUAGCUGGUGUUUCCUUAUUGAACUUUAGCCAUUUAGUCUCAUAACUGUUCAAGAGAGUGCACUACACCUGCUCUUCUGCAUGAUAUCCUUGCCUGGGAUUUCGUGUUCAUGGGAAACUCUGAUCCUUUCCUUUUGAGGAAUGGCAGUAAGGAUUGUUGAAGACCACAAAUUGCAGUGUGUACCAGCAAGGUUUUCAGUACCCUGAUCUGCUCAGCGAGUGGAAUGUGGUAUUUGUGCAAUAUUCAUGGGCACAUGCAUCUGUUUGGGCACAGUACUCUGCCAUUUCUUUGGUUGUCCAAAGAAGUGCAAGUAAAAUUUGAUGGUACAGCCUGGAUACCAGGAACAAACUGACUAAUGAUGGAGUAAAAAUUGUAUGAUCCAUAUAGUUCUAACAGUGAAAUAAUCCAAAAAAGAUUUUAUACUAUUCUCAAGCUGUUUUUCUCCCCUUUUUGGCAAAGGGAGUCAGACAUGCAACCAAACAACUAGGGAUCUCAGGAGCUAAGGCUAGAACCUAAUCUGAUUAAUUAUCUGAUCCACCAAGCCUGCUUGUUGUACUCAGUCACCUCCUUUCCACUUAGUAUUCUUCCAUGCUUUACCCUCCUUGCUCUUCUUGUGUUGUUCAUUGGUCCCUCCAUGGUCAUUGCAUUACUCAUUUUAAUAUUUCUUUAAGCAGCCCUAGCUGGUCUAACAGAGUCACAUCUCCAGAAAAGCUACUGAUACCUUGGCCUUCACAAUUAGUGAACUAAGAUGUCUCUAGGGGAGAGCUAAAAUAUUCUGCAUUUGUAGUUUUGAAGCACUGUAUUGUAUGAGCUCUCUAUAGGGAUAAAGGAUUAUCUUCAUUUGCUUCUUGAUAUGGCAAAGCAAUAGUUCCUACCUCCUGGAUUUUAUCUGACCCUAAAACCUUCUGCCUUUUUCUCAAGCCCAUAUCAUCCUUAUAUCUCCCACUGACAACUGCCUAGUUCUCUUUUUCUUUAGUCCUGCUACUUUCUUCUACAACUGCCAUAUAAAGAUCAGAUUUUGUAGGGCUAAACUGCAUGAAAGAUGCAUUGGCUUUGUAGACUAAAUUUGAACUUUCAGAAUCUGAAAAGCCUGCUCCUUUUUCAGUUGCAUCCGUUCAGUCAUGGACAUUGCAUUUGUGGCUUGAUCCAUAGGCUAAACAUAUGCACAAACACCAUGCAGCAGAAGUUCAGCGCAAGAUUCGAAUAGUGCUGUCCUACUGGGUCAUUAUGCAGGGACUCUAGUGAACUGUGAAGUCCUGUUCCAUAAAUCUGUUCUAUGAGAUUAUGUAAGUGGAAUAAAAGGUAUACUCAAAAGGGCCACCAUGACUCUUGCUUCUAGUGAGGCAGAGAACCAUAUGGAGUAAGAAUUUGGUUCAUGGCACUACUCUGGUCCAUUGCCUCUCUCUGUUAAUAAAAUGGAGGCUGUCCCUACCCACCUACCUCAGGGGUUGCCUGUUGAGGGCUGGAUUGUCAUGAAACCAUAUAUAGAUUCCUCUAUUCAUUCCCAGCUGGCUGCCAGCUUACCCCACCCACAGACAGUGACCUCCAUCGUGCCCUGUGUAGCAAACCUGAACUGUUGGGGCAGAGACCCCAAUACAACUCCUCUGAAUGUAAUAGGAAGGAUGUGGCUGCACCAAUAAACUCUUCACUGGUAUGUUGUACCUGGCUCCUUUUCUGAGCUUCUGAAAUGGAAAAUUCAGCAACAAAGCACCACUCAAGUAGAAUCAGAGAAAAAGAUUCAACUAAGGUUGUUCCUUCCCACUCUUACAUGUGGGCAUGCAUUCUGAGUUGCCUUUUCUACAGAUGGUUAUUAGCAAGGUUGUUCUUGUGUUCCUUAAGCCUCAGUCCAGUUUAUAAAUAAACGAUGUUGCCAUUUCCUGUACCAGUUCAGAUCAGAAUAAUCUACUCUGACUGUUGAUGGCUCUCAAAUGUCUCGGCCAGGCACCUGUCCUUGGCUUGCCAGCAGAAAUCUUGUAAUUGGAAACACACAGAAUUGAAUCUCUUGAUUUUAUGCAGGCAUAGCAUGUGUUCUGCUCCCCUCACCAAAGAAGCUAUGCCAGUCCUAUUUAUUUCUGUUGAUUAAACUGUACUCCAAUUUUCAUUAAAAAUGUACUCCAGUUUAGGAUCAAAGAAAAGACAAAUGCAGAACUCUAUAAAACAAAGUAACUUUAAGUAACAUUAAAAAACUUAUCAAGGCUCUGGUAUGGGUGCAAAAGUUGCCAACUAUACAUUGUGUAUGAAUGCUUAUAAUGUAAGCAAAAUUUAGAAGAUUGCUCUAGAUGAGGAACCAGAAAGAAAAAAUAUCCCCAGGACCUUGUGAAAAGAGAGAAACAGCUUGGAGAAAAGGGUGAAGUAUCCUUCUGCACUCCAUAUCACCCCCCUGGAACUGCUUUUCAGGCACCCAUCUUGAUUUUGUUAGAGAAAGCAUGUCCAUCUUAAAUAAAAACAUACUCACCUUUUAAUGAAAUACCUUGAGGCACAAGUUUUAUAGACAAGUUUAUUCAAACUGUGCCCCCCAAAGCCCUCUCCUCCUCUUUUUCUUGGCAAAUUUUACUUUUAGGAAAAGGAGCGAACAGUUGUGAAAUGGCUUCUAAAUUAUUAAGAGCAGUGUCAGCAGAAUAUCAGUUUUAAGAUUAUGAUCAUCCUUAGCAUUUGUACCAGGGGAUCCACAGCAAGCCAAGAUUUCAUCAGAAUGACAAAACACAGUCACAAUGCAUGCUCUGCCCUUACUUGUGUGCAACGUUACAAUGCAAGUACAAAAGAGGUAGAGUUUACCCUGCGAUAUCAUAACACGUUUCAUUGUUUACCCCCUCCUUGCCUCCCAGUGGAGGGAGCAUGCAUGAAUAUAGCUCUUUUCAUAAGUUCAAAACACAUUCUAUUAAACUGUUAUCCUAUGAAUUGUUACAACAAUCCUGUAAAGUUGGCCAAUAUCAUUACUUCCAUAUUAUAGCCAAGACUAAAACUGUAUGAUGGUGGCCUGCUUAUAUUAUUUACUAUACCUCAGGUGAAGUUUGAACUAAGGCAGGGCUGGGCAAUUUCUUCUGGGUUGGAAGCUGUAACUUAGUCUCAGCCUCCUUGUGGGCUGCAAAAUGCCUUUGGAGGACAAGGGGCAGGGCUUCACACAGUGUUUUGGUUGGUUUGGAAGAGUUGGUUUUCUAACUAUGGGAAUGGAAGUAUUUUGUCUUAUGGCUGUGCUCCCAACCCUACACUUAAAAUAAUCUCCAAAUCAAAUGAAAACUGCAUUGCUAGAAAUUGGCCAUUUUGCUGCUGAAUGUUGGUGCUGUCAUAGGGCUCAUCCUCAUGUUCUUUUGACCAUAGCACAAAGACAUCUCACUAAACAUGUUUAAAUUAUACGUCAUGCCCCCUCUGUCUCAUCCCCAGCAUGCUGCAGAAGAAUCCAAAGUCAUCUUCAGUUGCAGAACAUAGGAUUGUAAAUGUUAAACAGGGAAAGAAUCAAAUCCUGAGGUACUAUAUAGAGGGCUAGACCAUCAACACUGAUUGGAAUUGACACUGGAGGAAGGAUAAGAACCACUGUGCCUCCUACUCCCAACCCCCUCAGCUGGUCCAGAAAGAUACCAUGAUCAAAGGCUACUGAGAUAUCAAGGAGGGCCAUGAUGGAUGCACCGUCCCAGGCCUAUCAUAGGUCAUUUACAAGUGUAAUCAAUGCCAUUUUGGUACUGUGCCCAGGCCCGAAGCCCAACUGAAAGGGGUGCAGAUAAUCUGCUUCUUCCAGAGCCCUCUGGAAUGCCAGCUGACUGCUUUCUCAGCAAUCUUCCCCUAAAAGGGAAGGUUGGAGACGGGUUGGAAAUUAUACACCAUUGAUUCCAGCAAUGGCUUCUUGAGGAAGGAAUGGACCACCACCUCCUUAAGUGCUGAUGGAACCAUUCCCUCCCUAAAGAAUACAAUCAUUACUACCUGAAUCCAACAACAUGUCACCUCACAGGAGGUCUUGACCAAUCAGGAAGAAGUAGACCUAAUAUUCAGAUCACCAUGCUUACAGCUUUGAGGCCCACUUUCUCAUGGCCAACAGACUCAAACUCUUCCCAAAUAACCUUGCUAGACUGUACCUCAGUCAACUAACCAGACCUGCACAGCUGGAGUCCAACUCAGCAAAUCCAGGCAACUUUAUUUGACAGAUGCUUUGAAUAAUCCUCACAGUGGUCCUUCAGAUGGUUUUCUGAUCCAUCUUUCCCUGAGAGGGACUGGGUCACCUUAUACAGGGUUGCCAGAUGGCAAUCCACAGACACAAUAAAAAUAGAAAAAUGACUAUGUUUUGCCACUCUUAUCACCACAGUGAAAUCUUUAAUAAAGGCUCUUACCCAUGUUCAAUCAGUUUUGCUCUUCUUUCUCUAGCAGCACUCUAAGUAUCUUUUCUGUUUCAUCUACCAAAGUUCCUCUAAAAACUAGGGACCCUCCAGGAUUGACAUGCAGAUAGAGGGCAUGCAGCCACAAUUUGAUCUAGGGUCAUUGCCAUCUUCUCAUUACAAGAAGUGACUAAGGAUUCAGUCAAACUGUGUACCAGAUCUUUAAGAACUUCCCCAAACACCCUCUGAAACCAAUAGGUAUCUGGGGCAGACCAAUCAAAUUGUCCUUCCUCCUUGUAGUGGGGAGCAAAUAUUGUAAAGAGAAGAAAAGGUGACCUUGACUGAAAUAUGCAGGAAAUGUUAUCUAGGCAAAAGGAGCUGAAGCAAUUUUUAAGUCUAGAACAACAAGAUAACAUUUGGGAGUGGCUCAGGU